GCGGCGGCGGCGGUGGCGGUGACCGCGGUGGCGCUGGCGGUGUUGGCCUGGCGGCGGGCCCGGCCCGUGCGGGAGGUGUUGUUCUUCCCUUCGCGGCCCUGCUGCAUCGAGGCGCUGCUGGCCGAGGCGGCCGAGCCCGGGGCGCCCGCCCGGCCCUGCCCGUGCCCGCUGCCGAGCGGCGACACCGCCCUGAGCCGCCUCGUGCGCCGCCUCCUCUCCGCCCGCCGCUCGCUCGACCUCUGCCUCUUCUGCUUCUCCUGCCCGCAGCUCGCCCGCGCCGUGCAGCUGCUGCACCGCCGCGGGGUCCGCGUCCGCCUCGUCACGGACGCGCAGUACAUGGGGCUGCACGGCUCCCAGAUCGGCCGCCUGCGCCACGCGGGGAUCCAGGUGCGCCACGACCAGCACAGCGGGUACAUGCACCACAAGUUCGCCAUCGUGGACCGGAGGAUGCUCAUCACAGGCUCCCUCAACUGGACCACGCAGGCCAUCCAGAGCAACCGGGAGAAUGUGCUGGUCGUGGAGGACGCCGAGUAUGUCAAGGCUUUUCAGGAUGAGUUUGAAAGGAUUUGGGAAGAGUACAAUCCCACCAAUUACAGUUUUUUUCUCAAAGGCAAUAAAUGAUUGAGCUGCCUUACAGGGCUAGUGGAGCAUGGUAACACCCACAGAUUUUAUUAUUAUGUAUAGACAUCAUUGUUUUGUCCAUCUGGGUGUAACUUUGGUAAACAUCUCCAGAGAAGUGUUCUCUGCCCUAAAAUGCCACAGAUCCCUUGCUGUGGGUCAUUCCUGUGCUAGAGGGAAUGACACAACUGUUUGGUUGUGAGGGUUACAGGCAUAGAGCUGCAUUCACAGGCAUUAAAACUUUGGGCAGGCUCGUUGCUGAGUCCUGGUGCAGACCAGGUGUGUUCACACAGUGCUGGGCACGUGUUUCAGUGGUAAAAGGAAAGUUUUCCAGCGUGGGAUAUGGAAUGGAAUUGUAGCCAAUGCCAAAUGGAAUUGUAGCCCAAGGGCUCCUCUACACCAGUAACUAAAGGAGAGAUAAAAGGGCUACAGCAGUUACGAGCUUCUAUAGAUUAAGUGCCUCAGUUAUAUUCCCUGUUGGCAUUAAUUGUUGAAAGUUUGUCAAAGGAAAUUUGUGGGAAAUAGCAAAAAUGUUAAAGUUUUGAUUGUGCAUGUUUCCUUUGGUUAAAGGCUAGCAGAGCUCCAGUGUAAAAGCAUGAGCACAGAUAGUAAUGACAGCUUCUCUUCCAGCAAGGAAGUGUAGGGAAGUCUGGAAGAAAAUGAGAGAAACAGUUCUUUGGGAUAAGUGUUUGUCUGGAGAGCAGACAUGGCUGCAGUUGGGUCAUCCACUUCAGGAGAGGUCUGGAAACCCUGGUUCUUUCAGGUGUUGGGAUGCCAUGCCAUGGUCUGUGCCCUCUCCUGGCAGCACCAGGCUGGGGACAGUGAGGGGAGGGAGGCGGCAUCUCCAUCCCUGCAACUCAGGGUGGAACAAAGAUGAUGUAAACCUGAGUAUUUCAAACUCUAAAUAAUGUCUGUGUAAUAAUUGUUUUAUACUAAAUAGAAAGUGCCUUAAUAGUUCUCCAAAUUGAUAUUCUGUUACCAGUUUUGUUACUAGUAGUGCUGCGAUUGGCACUGUUAAAUAAAGCAUUUUCACAGAAAACAUCAA